CUUUGUAUAAUUGUCAAGGUGAGAAUGAUGAUGCUUGAUGCUUCAACAGUUCGUUACAACUUAGCUUUCAUUGAUCUGUUUUGCGUAAUUUUGAAGAUUCAUCGUCUAGUUGGUAGCAUAAUUUAAUAAUGUUGAUUUGAACUCUUUGAUCGGCUAUUUAAUUGGAAGUUGUAGCAUUUUGAAAUUGAGCUCACGGUUGAAGCAAGAGUUAGGGUUUUAGUUCAAAUUUUAAGAGCAUUUAGAUACUGUGAAGAAGUGAUCCGAAGAAGAUGGCUACACAGGGUACUACUGGAGCAAACAAUGUUACUAGCCGACCGCCUCCAAAUCCAUCUCCUCUCCGUACUGCAAAGUUUUUCCAGGCCAACAUGAGGAUAUUGGUCACUGGAGGAGCUGGUUUCAUUGGCUCUCAUCUUGUGGACAGAUUGAUGCAAAACGAAAAGAACGAGGUGGUGGUUGUAGAUAAUUACUUCACAGGUUCAAAGGACAACCUUAAACAAUGGUUUGGUCACCCAAGAUUUGAGCUUAUUCGUCAUGAUGUCACGGAGCCAUUGUUGAUUGAGGUCGAUCAAAUAUAUCAUCUUGCUUGUCCCGCUUCCCCAAUUUUCUACAAACAUAAUCCUGUCAAGACAAUCAAGACAAAUGUGAUUGGAACUUUGAACAUGUUGGGACUUGCCAAGCGAGUUGGAGCAAGAAUUUUGUUGACUUCAACUUCAGAGGUUUAUGGAGACCCUUUAGUCCACCCUCAAGAUGAAAGCUAUUGGGGAAACGUCAACCCUAUCGGGGUUAGGAGUUGUUAUGAUGAAGGAAAGCGGGUAGCUGAGACAUUGAUGUUUGACUAUCAUAGGCAACAUGGAAUAGAAAUAAGAAUUGCUAGGAUCUUCAACACAUAUGGACCUAGAAUGAACAUUGAUGAUGGACGUGUUGUCAGCAAUUUCAUAGCUCAAGCAAUCCGCAAUGAACCCUUAACUGUUCAAGCGCCAGGAACUCAAACACGAAGCUUUUGUUAUGUCUCUGACAUGGUUGAUGGUCUUAUUCGGCUCAUGGAAGGAAACAAUACGGGCCCAAUCAACCUUGGAAAUCCCGGUGAAUUCACCAUGCUUGAGCUUGCAGAAAAUGUGAAAGAGCUUAUAAACCCGGAAGUGAAGAUUAUACAUGUGGAAAACACGCCUGAUGAUCCACGACAAAGGAAGCCGGUGAUUAGUAAGGCAAAAGAGGUGUUGGGUUGGGAGCCAACGAUUACAUUGCGUGAGGGACUUCCACGUAUGGAGGAAGAUUUUAGGAAGAGGCUUGGAAUCCUGAGAAAUGAAUGAGACAGAUUAUACGUGUUACGUGUAUCAUGUUAAUUUCUGAUUUUAUAAGAGACGUUUGUGCGAUAUAUCUUGUUUGUAUGUGUGGUGUAAUUUUUUUUUUUUUUUUUCAUAUAACACGUUUCUCUUUUGGGAGGGAAAUCGGUGGCUCUUUAGCUUAUUUCAGCUUUCACAGUUUUCAUCAA